UGAGCACCUGGGAUCCUACGUCUCUAGGACAUCACAUUCUGUCUCAUUCAGCAUGUACUCUCUCCAUCUCCUGCUCAGGGCCAGCCCUGCUGUCCUGCUUCUGAUUCUUUGCCUGCAGCUGGGGACCACCAAAGCUCAGGAAGACACAACCAGUCAACAGUUGAUGACAAUGGACCUGCAGAUGCUGCAAAUAGACGGGAGUGAUGAGGCCACCGUGGUGCUUCAAGUCUCAACAGAUCUGAGGGAAUGCAUGGUGAUUAAAUGUUAUCUUCUAAGCAACAUUCCGAUUGAAGGCAAUUUUAAUUAUAAAUUCACCUCCUGCCUCUGUAACAAUUCCCCGAAGAGAUUCUUCUGGGAUUUGCAAACCAACAGUACUGUAAGAGUAACAGCAGUGGUUGAUGUUAUUCGUGAACUAAAUAUCUGCCCGGAUGACUGGGCAGUGAUACCUAUUAAAGCAAAUCGCUUUUCUCUCACUAAGAACCUACCAUAGUCUGAUCUAAAUGGAAGCCUUUGUCUCUGCACAUCCCAACCCCGCCAGCAGGGGAUUUCCUCCAAGGAAAGCUGGUUGGGGUCAACUAGCUAACUUUAGUCUCUAAAAUAAACUUCUCACAAGCUUCUCUGA